UAGGUUUUGAGCGGAGUGGCCUCGCAUUUCGCCUCUCUCUCUCUCUCAGAGCAAUAACAGCUGGAGAAAUCCAAUGGCGCUGAGACAAGGUCAAGAUCAUAUGCUCUCGCGCCUUGUGCGGUCGUGUCUGCACCUCAUUGUAUCUCCGCCAUUUUCUAACAGACGCUCUUAUUCUUCAGAAUUACACGCUCUUUUAUACUCUACUUUCUCUGCCUCUCCCCCCCCGCAAAACCUCUUUCAAGGGUUUCGAUUUUUAGGCAUUUGGGCAAGGCUUUGGUGGUUCUCGCAAUUUCUGUGAUAUGAGUGCUUGAUUCUUCUUCCCUCUGUUUCGUCGAAGCCGAUACAGCAAUUACUUACUGAGUGACACCAUGUCUGCACCACUUUCUCCAAAACCUGCCCAGGAAAGAUCUGAUGUUGAAAACUUCGAUGAUGAGAAGAGGACUAGAAUUGGGUCUUUGAAGCAGAAAGCAAUCAAUGCCUCCACCAAGUUCAGGCAUUCGCUGACAAGAAAGGGUAGGAAAAGUAGUAAAGUCAUGUCUGUUGAAAUCGAGGAUGUGCAUGAUGUGGAGGAGUUGCAGGCUGUGGAUGCUUUCCGUCAAGCGCUUAUAUUGGAGGAGCUACUGCCUGCGAAGCACGAUGAUUAUCAUAUGAUGCUCAGAUUUUUGAAGGCCAGGAAAUUCGAUAUUGAAAAAACAAAGCAAAUGUGGUCUGACACAAUCCAGUGGAGGAAGGAAUUUGGUGCUGACACUAUUAUUGAGGACUUUGAAUUUAAAGAAAUCGAUGAAGUCCUGGAAUACUAUCCCCAAGGGCAUCAUGGAGUAGAUAAGGAUGGACGACCUGUGUACAUCGAGAGAUUAGGCAAAGUAGAUCCAACCAAGCUGAUGCAGGUCACAAACAUGGACCGAUAUGUGAAAUACCAUGUACGGGAGUUUGAGAGGACAUUUGCUGUAAAGUUCCCAGCUUGUUCAAUUGCAGCAAAGAAGCACAUUGAUCAAAGUACAACCAUCCUGGAUGUGCAAGGAGUGGGACUGAAAAAUUUCAACAAAGCUGCCAGGGAACUUAUUGGUUCGCUUCAGAAGAUUGAUGGUGACAAUUAUCCCGAGACUUUGAGUCGGAUGUUCAUCAUCAAUGCUGGUUCUGGAUUUAGAAUAUUGUGGAACACUGUGAAGUCUUUCCUUGACCCUAACACUACAGCAAAAAUCCAUGUUCUUGGCAAUAAAUACCAGAGCAAGUUGCUUGAAAUAAUUGAUGCUAGUGAGUUGCCAGAAUUUCUAGGAGGCACUUGUACCUGUGCCGAUCAAGGAGGCUGCAUGCGUUCUGAUAAAGGCCCAUGGAAGGACAAUGAGAUACUAAACAUGGUUCAAAAUGGUGAUCAUAAAUGUACAAAGAAACCCAAGACUCAAAUCACUGAGGAGAAGACAAUUUCUGAGGACAAGAUAGUGUACACCAAGGGACGUGACUCUUCCAGCAUGGAGGCAGCUCCAGAUGUAGAUGACAUGCAAUCUUUCCCUUAUAGACUUCCAGGGGAGCAUAUCAAGCACACACAACUCGCUCCUAUCCGUGAAGUUUCCAUUACACAAGAUUUCCAAGAAACCUACAGGUAUGAAGAAUUUGUCCCAGUGGUUGAUAAAAAAGUGGAUCUGACUUGGCAAAAGAUGGUAGAUAAUGAAAGAUUUUCCCUUUCAAAAGCAGCAGAUUGUUUUGCCAUGCAUGAUGCUUGCAAAAUUCCUGAAGGGUUCAGCUCUCAAAUUUUUACUGGUCUUAUGGCCAUUAUUAUGGGCAUUGUCACCAUGGUCAGAUUGACCCGCAACAUGCCCAAGAAGGUCACAGAUGCCACCAUCUACUCCAGCCCCUUUUACUGUGUUGACACCAUGUUCAAAGGCCAGGCACCUUCACACCAGUUUCCUGAACCUGCCAUCUCUGGCGUCGAGUACAUGUCUGUCUUGAAACGCAUGGCUGAAUUGGAAGAGAAAGUUAGUGUUUUGAGCAUGAAACCUGCUGGCAUGCCAGCUGAGAAGGAACAAAUACUGAAUGCUGCUAUAAGCCGGGUUGAUGCCUUGGAGCAAGAGCUUAUGGCAACCAAGAAGGCUUUAGAGGACUCACUUGUCCAUCAAGAGGAGCUCAUAGCUUAUCUUGACAAAAAGAAGAAGAAGAAGAAGAAAUUGUUUAGCUGGUGAAGAAGGAAAUGCUGAACGCCUAGAGAUGCUCUCUCAGGAUACCAAGUGCGGUGAUGUUCACUUCUCCAAAGCCACCUAAAUGUACUCUCCGUCCCCUUGCAAAAUAUAUAAAUCAAAAGCUUUUGUCGAAUAUUUAA